AUGGCUUCGUCCGAGCUGCCCCCUCACCCCGCAGUAGGUGACCAUCUCGCCCUGGACACCCCCAGCCCCCUGCCCCAGGGCGAGGAAGACCUUGGCGAAGCCUUCGACUUUGAGGACAGUGAGGAAGAGGAGGAGGAGGAGGAGGAAGAAGACUCGGCGGCCGAGCCGAGCGGCGAAGCAGUCCUCCGGGCACCCCCUCGCAGGCGGCGUGCUGCCAGCUCCAGCGGCGACGGGCUGCUGCCAGAGACCCCAGAAGGGCUGCCAGUGGGGGUGAGCAAUGGGGAGGCUGGUGGAGACCCCCGCGUCGGUGCCCAGACCUGGAAGAGGAAAAGCAGCCGCCGAGGUGAGCGCUUUGAGUUCCCAGCGGUGGAGGAUGAUGUGAUCUACGAUGAUGUCCCCUGUGAAACCCUUCAUUUUUCAGCUGGGUAAACCGAGGCACCUGGGUUUUGCUUGCCAGGCCCGGGGACGGAGCACAGCCUGAUCUACGAGGAGGUGCAGCGUGGCGAGGAGCCGCGGGCGGGUGAGGAUUUGGGCUGGAGCUCCAGCGAGUUCGAGAGCUACAGCGAGGACUCGGGCGAGGACACCAAGCCGGAGGCCGAGCCGGCCAAGCAGCGGGCGUCCUUCCAGCCCAAGCUUUCUCCAGACCUGAAUAGACUAAAGGAGAGAUACGCCAGGACUAAGAGGGACAUCCUGGCUUUAAGAGUUGGGGGGAGAGACAUGCAGGAGCUGAAGCAGAAGUACGAUUGGAAGAUGACCCAGCUGAUGAAAGCGGCCAAAAGCGGCACCAAGGAUGGUUUGGAGAAGACCAAGAUUGCGGUGAUGAGGAAGGUGACGUUCCUGCACCGGAAAGAAGCGCCAGGGGACUCGGAGGAGGAGGACACGGGUUUCCUGGAGGUCACGGUCUCUGACAUGAAGCACCCGCCGCCGGAGCUGGGCCCCAUGCCCGAGGGGCUGAGCCCGCAGCAGGUGGUGCGGCGGCACAUCCUGGGCUCCAUUGUGCAGAGCGAGCGGAGCUACGUGGACUCCCUGAAACGCAUCCUGCAGGAUUACAGGAACCCGCUGAUGGAGAUGGAGCCGAAGGUGCUGAGCGCUAGGAAGUGCCAGGUGGUGUUUUUUCGUCUGAAGGAGAUCCUGCAGUGCCACUCCAUGUUCCAGAUCGCCCUUGCCUCCCGUGUGGCCGAGUGGGACUCAGCGGAGAAGAUUGGGGACCUCUUCGUGGCCUCGUUCUCCAAGUCGAUGGUGCUGGAUGUCUACAGCGACUACGUCAACAACUUCACCACUGCCAUGUCCCUCAUCAAGAAGGCCUGUCUCACCAAACCUGCCUUCCUCGACUUCCUCAAGAAGAGGCAGAUGGCCAGUGCUGACCGGGUCACGCUCUACGGGCUGAUGGUGAAGCCCAUCCAGAGGUUCCCCCAGUUCAUCCUGCUCCUGCAGGACAUGCUGAAAAACACCCCCAAGGGCCAUGCGGACCGCCUGUCCCUCCAGCUGGCCCUCACCGAGCUGGAGACGUUGGCGGAGAAGCUCAAUGAGCAGAAGCGCUUGGCCGACCAAGUAGCCGAAAUCCAGCAGCUCAGCAAGAGCAUCAGUGACCGCAGCAGCCUCAACAAGCUGCUGAGCUCGGGGCAGCGGCAGCUCCUGCUCUGCGAGACGCUGACGGAGACGGUGUAUGGCGACCGGGGGCAGCUCAUCAAGUCGAAGGAACGGAAGGUUUUCCUCCUCAACGACAUGCUGGUCUGCGCCAACAUCAACUUCAAAGGCCAGCUGGAAAUUAGCAGCCUGGUGCCCCUGGGUCCCAAAUACGUGCUGAAGUGGAGCACGGCCCUCCCGCAGGUACAGGUGGUGGAGGUGGGACAGGAGAGCGGUGCCUACGACAAGGACAACGUCGUCAUCCACAAUGCCGGCGCCAAGAAGCACGUGCCGGCCGGACAGGCUUCGCACAAUAAAGUCUACCUGGGGCCACCGCGGCUCUUCCAGGAGCUGCAGGACCUGCAGAAGGACCUGGCGGUGGUGGAGCAGAUCACCCUUCUCAUCAGCACCUUGCAUGGCACCUACCAGAACCUGAACAUGACGGUUGCCCAGGACUGGUGCUUGGCCCUGCAGAGGAUGAUGAAAGUGAAGGAGGAAGAGAUCCACUCCGCCAACAAGUGCCGCCUCCGACUCCUGCUGCCCGGGAAGCCAGACAAGUCUGGCCGCCCCAUCAGCGUCAUGGUGGUCUUCAUCACUCCAAACCCCCUGAGCAAGAUCUCCUGGGUGAACCGCCUGCACUUGGCCAAGAUAGGACUGCGGGAGGAGAACCAGCCGGGCUGGCUCUGUCCCGAUGAAGACAAGAAGAGCAAAGCUCCUUUCUGGUGCCCCAUACUCUCCUGCCACAUGCCCGCCUUCUCCUCCAAGGCCCUCGAUCUGCAGCUUGGCGCUGCAGUGCACAACCCCGUGCAGUCCUCGCUGCUGGGCUUCUCUGCCAUCAGCACCUCGCUGCCGCAGGGCUACCUCUGGGUUGGAGGGGGCCAAGAAGGUGCAGGGGGGCAGGUGGAGAUUUUCUCCCUCAACCGUGCCAUGCCACGGACAGUGAAGUCCUUCCCGGUGGCUUCACCGGUGCUGUGCAUGGAGUACAUCCCCGAGGCGGGCGAGGGGGAACCACUGGGUACCCAGGAACCCCAACUGACCACCGAACAGCCCCCCACAUCCCCGCAUCCCACCGUGUGCCUGGGGUUGCGGGAUGGCAGCAUCGCCAUCUACGGCAGCGUGGACAUGGGGACGCAGUGCUUGCUGACCUGCAAAAGCCCAGGCAUGCAACCCGUCCUCUGCUUGAAGCACAGCCCCGAGUACCUGUUUGCGGGGUUGCAGGAUGGGACCGUGGCCGCCUACCCCAGGAGCAACGACCAGGGGGAAUACCACCCCGGGGCGGGCGAGGGGGAACCACUGGGUACCCAGGAACCCCAACUGACCACCGAACAGCCCCCCACAUCCCCGCAUCCCACCGUGUGCCUGGGGUUGCGGGAUGGCAGCAUCGCCAUCUACGGCAGCGUGGACAUGGGGACGCAGUGCUUGCUGACCUGCAAAAGCCCAGGCAUGCAACCCGUCCUCUGCUUGAAGCACAGCCCCGAGUACCUGUUUGCGGGGUUGCAGGAUGGGACCGUGGCCGCCUACCCCAGGAGCAACGCCGUCCUCGACGUCCCCAGCCUCCGCGCCCAGCAAACCUUCGAGGCCCACCCAGACGCGGAGGCCAGCGUCACGCAUAUGAUCAAGGCAGGCAGCGGGGUCUGGAUGGCCUUUUCCUCGGGCUCCUCCAUCCGCCUCUUCCACACCGAAACACUGGAGCACCUGCAGGAGAUCAACAUCGCCACCAGGACCACCUUCGUCCUGCCAGGUCAAAAACACGUCCGUGUCACCAGCCUCCUCAUCUGCCAGGGUUCGCUCUGGGUGGGCACCGACCAGGGCAUCAUCGUGCUGCUGCCCGUGCCCCGCUUGGAGGGCAUCCCCAAAAUCACCGGAAAAGGCAUGGUGUCCCUCAAUGGCCACGGUGGCCCUGUGGAGUUUUUGGCGGUGGCGUUGAGCACCCUGGCCCCCGAUGUGCUAAAGGGCGACCAGGAGGAGGAAGAAGAGGGUGAGGAAGAGAAACCCCCCGACCUGGAUGGCCCCCCGCCUCGGGAAAUGAGAAAAAAAGGGAUUUUGUUGCAAUAUCGCCUCCGAUCCACUUCCCACCUCCCUGGGCAGCUGCUAUCGGUGCGGGAGGCGCCGGUGGGCGGCACACCAGCACACACUGAGGAGGACGGCUCCAUCUAUGAGAUGGCUGAUGACCCUGACGUUUGGGUGCGGAGCCGCCCCUGCGCCCGUGAUGCCCCACGCAAGGAGAUCUCCUCGGUGGCCAUUGUUUCGGGGGGCCGGGGUUACCGCAACUUCAACGCUGAAUCACCACGCCGGGGCAGCGAUGCCGACAGCACCCUGCUCAUCUGGCAGGUCCCGCUGAUGCUAUAG